GCCGCCGGCCCGGCCAUGUGCCGACAGGGGUGGCUGCUGCCGGCUGCCUGCUCCGAGCCCGCCGCUGCAGCCCGCCUCCUCAGCCUCCUUUCUCCUUUUUAAUUUGUUUUCUGGGUUUUUUUAACCGUUAUUUAAUUUUUAAGAAUUUUAUUAUUAAUAAUAAUAAUUUUUUAAUCCGUUUAUUUUGGUAUUGAUGCUCUCCGAGCGGGAGACUCCGGGAGACGCGGUCCUCACCUGAGCGAGCCGGCCCCAUUCCCCCGUUUGAAGGCUGUUAAUGGAGAAGAGGGCGGAUGACAGCCGGGACCGUGGUCAUCACAGGUGGAAUAUUAGCGACUGUCAUUUUACUCUGUAUCAUCGCCGUCCUCUGCUACUGUAGGCUCCAGUACUACUGCUGCAAGAAGGAUGAAUCCGAGGAGGACGAGGAGGAGCCCGACUUCGCCGUGCACUCGCACAUCCCUCCGCUGCACUGCAACCGCAACGUAGUGCUGACCAACGGCCCCUCCCUCUACUCCUCAUCCCCCUUCACCAAAAAAUCAACCCAGAGCCGGCCCAGCUGCCCCAGCUGCGCUCCCUACGAGCCCCCCACCUCCUUCCUCCAAGAGCCCCCCACCUCCUUCCUCCAGGAGUCCCCCACCUCCUUCCUCCAAGAACCCGCCACCUCAUUCCUCCAAGAAUCUCCUACCUCUUUCCUCCAAGAACCCUCCACCUCGUUCCUCCAAGAAUCCCCUACCUCAUUCCUCCAGGAGCCCCCCACCUCAUUCCUGCAGGAGCCCCCCACCUUCUUCCUGCAGGAGCCCCCCGAGGAGCUGCACAACGGGGGUGACAGGGUGAGCUACAAGACGGUGAGCCAGGAGGAUCUGGCGCUGCCGGUGUCGGGCCUGCAGGCCCUCAACCCCAACCGGCUCUCGGCCAUGAGGGAGGCGUUCUCCCGCAGCCGCAGCAUCAGCACCGACGUGUGAGCAGCCCCCUGCCCACCCAGCCCCGAGGGGCUUCGGGGAGGACAGGCUGGGAUUGGUGGAGGAGUUUUGAAAAGGGGAAAAAAAAAACCAGCAGCUAAAAUAAGGGGUUUUUUUGGACUGGUUUGGGCUAGUGGAAGAGUUUUGAAAAGGCGGGGAAAAAAAACAACAGCUAAAAAAAGGUUUUUUUGGAGUGGUUGGGAUUGGUGGAGGAGUUUUGAAAAGUGGGGGGAAAAAGAACCCAAAAGAACAAAAAAAUUGAUGUGAAUGUAUUUCUAUGGGCUGGUGGUGUAAAGGGGGAGCAGAGCAACCCCAAAAGGGGAGCACGGGGGUGCAGCUGGAACGGGAGGUUUCCCAGUGCUGCGCUGCUUGCUUUUUCCUUUUAUAAAGAGGAUUUUGAUAUUGAUCAUUCUUUUCUAUGGAGGAGUUGCCCCUCCUCACCAUUCAGCUGGGGGAUGAUGAGCGAAUGAUGGGGCUCAUGGGUGGCUGAAAAUGGCUCGUGCUGCAGGUCAGCAGCCCCGGGAUGCCCUGAAAUAUCCUCUAGCAAAGCAAGGCUGUCACUGCCCACCCUCCCGGCACCCUGUGCCAUGCUGCAGCCAUGGGGGUGUCUGUGGGUGUGGGUGUGAACGAGCACAGCCCUCCACCAUUCCCAGCCCACCCCUCUCCUCCAGCCAGGCCUUCACUCCCGGCUGCCAAGCACAAUCCCCUCAGGGUUAGGAUGGUGGCUGGGCCUGGCCCUGGAACCCCCCCAGAGUGGCCUCAUGGAGCCCCUGAAGGAGCUGGGCUGCAUUCCUUGGCUAUGGGAAUUCCACAUGGCGCUUUGGGAUGCAGGAAUAUCCCUCUGGAUAAUCAGAAGCCCUGCCCCAAGUAAUGCCAUCCCCAGCUUCUGACUGAGGGCUCCAUGGCACCGUGUGUGUGCCCACCCCUUGCAUGAACAUUUUUACAUACAUUUAUUCGUUUGGGAGGGCUUUUCUAAACAAAAAGAAAAAAAAACGACACUUUCCUCCCACCCAGGAUAGUGUCAAAACACUUUUAAAUUCAGUCAAAACUUCCAAUUUGCAUUUUCCAUUGAUCCAUUUCCCAUGACUGGGCAGCCUGGCUGUGGCACCAGCUCUGUCCCAUGCUGGAUCCAGCAGGGACUGUCCUGGCAGAGCAGCAGGCACAGAGCUGGUCCCUGAGCAUGUCCCUCUGCACCAGAUGUGCUGCAAAGGAACCCUUGGGCUUACUCAGAGAUUUAGGAGAGGAACUGCAGCACUGAGGAGACUCCUGCUCUGGUUUCUCUCCAUUCCUCCCUCUGACCUCGCCAGACUCCAUGUGACAGAACACCCUGUUUCUCCUGGACUGGGCAUUAUUCAGGUUAAAAGCAUCACCUGGGGAUGGCUGGUGAGGAUGGACUGGCUGCACAGAGACUCUGAUGGCCUUUCCUUUUUAAAGAUGUUCUGGGAAGAAGCAGCCGUGGCUGCAGCCCCCUGGGCCCAUGGACACUGCUCACAGCCCGGCUGGAUAUUUUACUUUGAACCACGAGAGCUUUUAAUUCUACAGGAAACCUUUUGAAGUACAAGUCAGUCUUUGCAAAUGAGUAUCUUUGACUUUCUGGGGGGGUUCUGUUUGGGGUGGGGAGGGCUGGGGUUGGUUUCGUACGUGUUUAAUAUUCCAGGCUCGGUCCCUGUGGCCCAGCACAAACCCUCUGCUCCGGAGGGAUGCAGCCACUCAGACCAUGCUCCCAUGUACAGUUCUCACUGGGGUUUGUUUCCAUGCCUUGAGUCCUUCUUUCCCCAUUUUUCGUGAUUUCUCCUACCAGCCUUCCUUUCCUCCUUUUUUACCUUGUUUCUUUCCCUUGUAGCUUGAAAAUUCAGCAAACGGUUGGCUUUCACUAACCCUCACCUGGUGAUCUGUUGUACAGGACUUUGGGAACCUCAGAUUUGAGGAGGGAAAAAGUCAAAAAAGAAAAAAAAAAAAAAAGAAAUAAACUACUUUGACAUGG